AUGGCCUUCGGCGGCGACUUUGCCGCCAUCGGCAGCCACCUCGCUGCCCACGACGAGCACGCCGCCGCCACUGCGACGGACGCCGCGGCGGGCGAGGAUGAGGGCGGAGCGGGUGCUGGCGCGGCGGGCGCGGCGGGGCGGCGGCUUGAGUCGUCUCUGGGGGGCAGUGACAGCGUGACGGACCUGCAGCUGGUGAAGGCGGGCGGGGAGACGCGCACUGUGUUCAAGCUGACGCUGCAGGUCUCCAAGGUGGAGCUGCACAUGUGCUACGAGGGCGACCACGCCCCCCUGGCCGUCGGGUCCAUCGACAACUUUGACUUUGGCCUCGACGUGCACCCCUCGACGCUGCAGCUGGUGACGAGCCUGGGCAACGUGGUGCUGCUGUACGGGGCGCUGCCAGAGGGGGACCCCAACCGCACCAUGAUCGCGCUGAGGCAGGGUGUAGAGGGGUCCCUCAUCGAGGUCGUCUACAGGAUGCACUCGAUCGCGGAGUCUUACAAUGAGCCGCGCGUCCCUGGAGGCGCCCCCUACAUGAGCGUCGAUGCGCGGCUGUCCACAGUGCGCAUCGUCUACAUGCAGCGCUUCCUCAACGAGUUCACAGAGUACCUCGCGGGUGCGCGUUUGACCGGGGUUUGA